AUGAUCAGCUUGAUAGAGCAAAACGCAUAUGGAGAUUUCAAGAACGCUUUUGUACAGGAGAAUUUCGAUCCGCAUGCACGCAUAGAGUACACUUUCUCCGAUUGUCAUGAAGAGGAAAUUCCGAAUCCGAACAAUGUGACCCCUUUGAUGAUCGCAUCAUACCUGGGUCAUUACGAAAUUGUCAACAUACUCUUGCAAAGAUUGUCUGCGAAUGAGUCACAGACUCAAGCUAAAGGAGUACUCAAAGCAAAGCGUGGGAUUUCUGCCCUGGAUGAUAGGGGUAACACGGCUUUACACUUUGCUUCAUCGAACGGGCACUGUGAGGUCAUCAAAAGUCUCCUAGACGCAGGCAUCGAUAUCGACUUCACAAACUGGAAAGGAAAACACGCUUUAUCCAUGGCUUCGAGAAGCGGCAAAUUGGAUGCUGUAAAUCUCCUACUCAAUCGGGGCGCUGACGCCGAUAUUGAAGACUGGCGAGAAAACUUGGCGAUUCACGAAGCAACAUGGUAUGGUCACUUGGAAGUUGUGAAAGUUCUCCUCAAGAAUCGCCCAGAUCACCUGGAAAGAACGAAUGGCGACAUCCAUACACCAUUUCUCAAUGUGGCACAAGCUGGGCAUUUAUCCCUUGUGAUGUAUCUGUUCGAGAAGGGCGCCAAUCCCAAAGCUACCGACGAUUCUGGUAUGACUGCGCUCCACCAUGCCAGCUGGGGGAACGGGGGAAAUGUGGAAAUUGUCAACUUCCUUCUACAAUCGGACAAAAAGCUUCUCGAAACUAAGAACAAUCAAUACAGAACCCCUUUGCUCUCUGCUUGCUUUGCUGGAAACAAGCCAAUUUUCGAGCUUCUUUUGAAGUACAAGGCUAAUCCUGGUGCUGUGGAUAUCGACAAUAACCAUACUGCACUCCAUCUAGCCUCAUGGGGAGGUGAUCUUGAAAUCGUUCAGACGUUGGUCGACAAGCUUAGAGCAAGCGUUGACGCAAAGAAUAACGACGACGAAACUCCUCUCCACCUUGCCUGCCUUUCUGGGCAUAUUCAUGUUGCCAAGUUUUUGAUCGACAGGAACGCUGCCUCUAAUGCCCGAGAUUGCCGUGGGAACACAGCGCUUCACAAUGCGAUUUCAGGGUCAAAAGACCUGAAAAUUGUGGAAUUACUUAUUGGUGAAAAUGAAACGCUACUCGACAUGCCAAACAAAUACGGAAGUACUCCUCUUCUCACAGCCUGCUAUGCUGGAAAUUUGUCGGCCUUCAGAUUCUUACGUGAAAAAGGGGCUAAUGUCAAUGUUGUGGAAACUCUCAACCAGGAUAAUGCCCUUCAUCAAGCCUCGUGGGGCGGUGAACUUGGCAUUGUGGAGGCACUCGUUGAAUUGUUUUCAAAGCAAGAGAGCAAGGACAUACAUGCACCAAACGGAGAGCAGAAAACUCCUCUUCAAAUUGCCUGUUUUCGGGGGCACUUUUCUAUCGUCCAAUAUCUGGUCGAAAAGACGCAAGCUGAUCCUAGCGCUGAGGAUUCAUAUGGGAAUACUGCACUUCAUAAUGCGAGUUUUGGAGGGAAAGAGAUGCUAAGAAUUGCGAGCUUCAUCCUUUCACUGAACGAAAAAUUACUCGAACUCCGGAACAAGGACGGAAGAACCCCCUUAUGCUGGCAUGCCAUGCCGGAGACUCUUCCGUUGUGA